AAAAAGUGAGAAAACAAUAAAGAAAUGAAUGAAUAAUAAUAUGUGUAUUGAAUUUGCCAACAUUUGCCACCAACAACCCCAACUGUCCUUCACCAAAAGAAGAAGAAAAAAAAAGAGUCAAUUUUUUCAAGAAAACUUUGAAUAAUUUCUUCUCAUUUAAGAUCUCACCUUCCCAUUUAUUCUUUCCCACGAAAAAAAAUUAGUAAUAAGCAAAACCCAUCACUCAAAUGCCUUUUCAUCUUCUUCCAAAAUUCCGAUUCUCCUAAAUUCCCUCUCACACCGCCGUUUGCCGGCCAAUCUCCACCGGAAAACCGCCAUGGCCGCCGCUCUAAAGAAACCCUCGAAAUUUCGGCCAAUUACCAGUUGCUCCGGCACGGAGUACGAGUCCAUCGCCGCCGAUCUCGAUGGAACGCUACUGAUUUCUAGUAGUUCUUUCCCCUACUUCAUGCUGGUGGCGAUUGAAGCCGGUAGCCUUCUUCGUGGCCUCAUUCUGUUGCUUUCGCUUCCUAUUGUGAUAAUCGCUUACUUGUUCGUGUCUGAAGCCAUUGGAAUCCAGAUCCUCAUUUUCAUCUCAUACGCUGGCCUCAAAGUUCGGGAUAUUGAACUCGUCUCCCGCGCCGUCUUGCCUAGGUUUUACGCGGCGGAUGUGAGGGCGGAGAGUUUUGAAGUGUUCAGCAAAUGUAAGAGAAAAGUGGUGGUGACGGCAAAUCCGACGAUAAUGGUGGAACCAUUUGUAAAGGAUUUUCUCGGGGGAGACAAAGUUUUAGGAACAGAAAUCGAAGUCAACCCUAAGACGAAAAAAGCCACCGGGUUCGUCAAGAAACCUGGAGUUUUGGUCAGCAAAUUGAAGAGAUCGGCUAUUUUGAAGGAGUUCGGUGAAAAUUUGCCGGAUCUUGGCAUCGGCGAUCGCGAUUCCGAUCACGAUUUCAUGUCCAUCUGCAAGGAAGGGUAUAUGGUGCCCCGUAGCAAGACAGCUAAGCCAGUUCCAUUAGAUCAACUUAAGAGCAAGAUUAUUUUCCAUGACGGUCGCCUAGUCCAGCGCCCGGACCCUCUCAACGCUCUCAUCACCUUCAUAUGGAUCCCCUUCGGCUUCAUCCUCUCCAUCAUCCGCGUCUACUUCAAUCUCCCUCUCCCCGAGCGAAUUGUCCGCUUCACCUACGAGCUCCUCGGCAUCCAUCUCCGCAUCCGUGGCACCCCUCCUCCUCCCCCAUCUCCUGGCACUCCCGGCAACCUCUACGUCUGCAACCACCGCACUGCCCUUGACCCCAUCGUAAUUGCCAUUGCCCUCCGCCGCAAGGUCUCAUGUGUCACCUACAGCGUCUCUCGCCUCUCUCGCUUUCUCUCCCCCAUACCCGCCAUCGCCCUCACUCGUGACCGUGCUGCCGAUGCUGCCCGCAUUGCCGAACUCCUCCAGCAUGGGGACCUCGUUGUCUGCCCCGAAGGAACGACAUGUCGUGAGCCAUUCCUCUUACGAUUCAGCGCACUGUUUGCGGAGAUGAGUGAUAGAAUCGUCCCAGUAGCAGUGAACUGCAAGCAGAGUAUGUUCUACGGGACGACAGUGAGGGGAGUGAAGUUCUGGGAUCCGUAUUACUUCUUCAUGAACCCAAGGCCGGUGUACGAGGUGCAGUUCCUCGACAGGUUGCCGGAGGAGAUGACGUGCAAGGGAGGAGGGAAGACGUCGAUCGAGGUGGCAAAUAAUGUGCAGAGGAUGCUGGGGAGUGUGUUAGGGUUUGAAUGCACAUCGCUGACGAGGAAGGACAAGUACAUGUUGCUUGGAGGGAACGAUGGGAAGGUAGAAUCUAUGUACAAUGCCAAGAAGUCAUAAUGUAAUAAUGUAACAACAAACCAUAAUAUUUGAUUUUAGAGGAGGGAUAUUAAUAUUGGCAAACUCAACUCAAGUACUGAUGAGAUGUGGGAUUUGUUUGUGUGUUUGGGAUUUUGGUUAAGAAAACACUGAAAAAUGUAUUGUAGGUUUUAGCGAUAGACGAUAUGUUUUUUCACUAAAGUUGGUCCAAGGAUUGCACAACUAUAUCAAUGUUUUUUCUCAUUGUUUUAAUGAUAAGUUUGAUGCUUUUCUUUAA